UUCCCCCACCAUCUUCCAACCUGGACUCUGAUGAACUGCGGAUAGAUCCUAAAUAAAGUUAUUAUGCGCAGAAUGAGCAAAACUCUCGUCAUUUGGAACUAAAUAAAUAUUAAUAAAAUAAGGAAAAAACAUACAGGAUUAUACAAAAUCCGUCUCUCAUAAAACAUCCCUUAUAUUGGGGAAAGAAACUAUAUUUUAUAUAUGGCAUAUAUGGUUGUAUUGCAUGGUUUAAUAUUAAAAAGUAAUAAACAGUAGUUUGUUAAUUGUCGUUGAUAGUAAUGUAAAUAACAAAAAGAACGUAAAAUGACAAAAAUUGUUGAACUACGUCCUAACAAAAAUUUGAUAAAUACGAAAUUUGAAAAAUACCAGUUUUCAACCGAAGAAAUUCCCAUAGAUACUGAGAUAAAUUUAAAAGCAAAUGUACGUAGGUUAGAGUUAACAACAAACCGAGAUUCUCUAUUAGAAACUCGAUUAUUUGCAUUCCAUAAUCAUUUAUUUAAAAAUCCUUAUGAUACAUCAUGUUGGUUUAUUGAUGAAAAUUGGUUUGUUUGGCGAUUAAAAAUAGAUGGAAAUUUGGAACAAAUGCAUUUAAUACAUAAUUCAGAUGCAAAUGUACAAAAUGUAUUGUACAAUCCAUCAAUUGGAUUUACUAGUAAUAAUAUUGUUGCAAUUUCUGACGGAGGGGAUUGUUUAAAAUUAUUAAUAACAGAUACUCAAGAGCAUGUUAAAACUUUCACGUUAAGUGAUGCAGAACCUGGAGUUAUAUUAGAUAUACGUUAUGUGAACGAUACAUCUUCCAUUGUUAUUGUAACAUGUGAUAUUAGAAGUACAGGAGAAAAGAAAUUUACAAGAUUGGUAUUAUUAACAUAUUCUUGGAAAAAUGCAGGAGAUACCUGUGAAUCGUUUGAGCUUAAUAAUAAAGAAACAUUAAAAGUAAAUGGUGCUGUUGAGUAUCUGUAUAUAGAAGACUCUGGUAACUAUUUGCACUCUAUUUGUCAAGACUAUAUUACAUUUGAAUGCCCAAAAGUACAAAAAACUACUGACGAUAAAAAAGAUUCAGAAAAAAGCAAAGAAAUAAAAAUUCCAAAAUAUUGCUGGUCUCAACAUGAAGAUUCUAUCACAGUUUGGCUUACAAUAGAUAAAGAGCAUAAAGAUAAAGUCAAAGUAAAUGUAACACCAUUAGAAUUGUCUGUAACAGUGAAUGAUAACGCACUGAUCCAAGGACAGUGUCAACACAGACUGGAUGAAACUUUAACAACAUGGAAAUAUGAAGAAGAUACAUUUAAACUAGAAUUAUAUAAAUUUGAAAGUGGUUUAAUGUGGAAUGAACUGAUUAAGGGUGAUGCUGGUGGAGAAUGUUUACCUAAUGAAACAUUAGCUGCUGAAAUUCAUUCAAGAUUAGCACAUUUAUGCACAGACCAAACAGAUAAUAAACAAGGUCAACCUUGUUUAGGGUUCAAUGCUGAACAGCUUGAAGAAUGUGAUCUUGAAGGAAAAGAUAGUUUGUUGCAAAGGGUUGAUCUCAAAACACAAGAAAGUACACACUUAGCUAUGCUCGGAACAAGCAACCAUGUAUUAUUUACAUAUAAAACAAAGUCUGGACAAGCGAUUUGUUUAAGACACGAUAAUGAUGGUUGUUUAUGGAUAACUGGUCAAGUAGAUGAUACCAAAUGGAAUAUGGAACAUUGUUAUACCUUUCCUGGUUUCGGUUAUGUUGAAGCAAGCAAAUGCAACAAGAAAUUUUGUGUCUCUCCUAAUGAUGGUUCUUAUGUUGCUAUAUUGGAACAUACAAGAUACAUAUUUCUUUAUAAAAGGCCUGAACCUAAUAUUCAAGUUGGAAAACAAUGGAUCGUGGAUUUAGGUACUGAAACUUGUCCCAUCAUGGGAGCUGUUGCCACAAAUAAAUAUUUAAUUGUUCUUACUAAAAACAAAUUAUAUCGACUACAUAUCUGUUUUUGAAAUUAAUUAUAUUCGCUUAUCGUAACUACAUGCAGA